AUGUGGCUCGCUCGUUGGGGCUGCGUGACGCGGCCAGCGUUCGCGGCGGCGCGUCGCGCGUAUUCGUCCACGCCCGCCCGUAACCCGGCCUAUGCGUCACUGACGCCCUCGAUCUUGAAGCAGUUUGCGUCGGUGCUCUCUACACCCCAAUCCUCGCUGCUAAGUACGAUCCCCUCCGAGACGCAGCAAUGGAGGGUCGUCGACGACACGGAUCUCGAAGCGUACAACAAGGACUGGAUGGGCAAGUACAUCGGCCGCUCUGCCUGCGUCCUUCGGCCCAAGUCGACGGAAGAAGUGUCCAGCAUCAUGAAGAUCUGUGCCGAGCACGGCCUGGCCGUCGUGCCUCAGGGCGGCAGUACAGGCCUCGUUGGCGGCAAUGUGCCCGUGCACGAUGAGGUCGUGCUCAACCUCGGCAGCAUGAACCGGGUGCGCAGCUUCGACGAGGCCACCGGCACUCUCGUGUGCGAUGCAGGCUGUGUCCUGCAAACGCUCGACGAUUACUUGGCCGAACGCGGAUACAUGAUGCCACUCGAUCUGGGCGCCAAAGGCAGCUGCCAGAUUGGCGGCAACGUGUCGACGAACGCGGGUGGACUGCGAUUCCUGCGAUACGGCUCGCUGCAUGGCUCUGUUCUGGGCCUCGAAGUCGUGCUGGCGAACGGAGAGAUUCUGCCGCUUCUACAGACGCUGCGAAAGGACAACACGGGCAUUGACCUCAAGCAGCUGUUUAUCGGCUCCGAAGGCUCGUUGGGCAUCGUGACGGGUGUCGCGAUCUCGACACCCAAGCUGCCAAAUUCGGUGAAUGUGGCCAUGUUUGGCGUCGAGUCGUUUGACCAUGUCUGCCAAACAGCCCGACACGUCCGAAAACACUGUGCCGAGAUUCUUUCGGCGCUGGAGUUCAUGGACCAGGACUCGUUUGACCGUGUGAUGCACAACCCGAGUCACAGCUUCCGAGACCCCUUUGAGAAGCGGUAUCCGAUGUACGUGCUGAUCGAGACGAGUGGAUCGAAUCAGGAUCACGACCAGGCCAAGCUGCAGGACUUGGUGGAAGAUGUGCUUGAGAACGGCAUCGUCGCAGACGGUGUCGUGGCGCAAGGUGAAAAGCAGGCACAGGAACUGUGGUCGAUGCGUGAACUUGUGCCCGAGUCCCUGACAGCCCAAGGCAAGGUCUACAAGUACGACGUGAGUCUGCCGCUAGAGCACAUGUACGAGCUCGUCGAAGUCGUCGAGCGCCGCAUGGUCGAUACGGGCAUGAAGCCUGCUCUGAAGCAGCCCGGUUUUGUCAAGGCUGUGUGCGGCUACGGCCACGUCGGCGACUGCAACCUUCAUCUGAACGUCGUCGCGGAUCAGUACAGCAACAAAGUUGAAGCGGCGCUCGAGCCGUUUAUCUAUGAACAGGUGCAGGCUAUGCACGGAUCCAUUUCGGCUGAGCACGGUCUGGGCGUCAUGAAGGCCGACAAAAUCGGCUACACGAAGCACGCAACCGCCGUCAAAUACAUGGAGGAGGUGAAGCGGCUCUUUGAUCCCCAGAGAUUACUAAAUCCUUACAAGUUUUUGCCCACGCGCUAA